CUAAAACGUAUGUUUGAUGAGAAUUUGAAUUAUUUUGCCGUUCACGACAACCGUUGGUUUAAAAUCGUGUACAUUUUUUGCAGCUUUAGCAUCUGAGUUGUUUGACUUGGUACAAAUUUUGAUUUUACUAGACAUGGUUGGCUGCGUUUUGUAAACUCAGCUUUUACUUACGAAUAUUGAAUUGUCUAAAAUUCCAUCAGUCAAUAACUAUUAAAUUCCAUUUCUUAUUGUCUAAAAAAAUUAUGGACAUUUUUGGCUAAUUCUACAAAAAACAUUGAGAAAAAAAUUGUGUUGAAAAUAACUUAUGAAUUAAUUUUUUUGUUGUUACGUAAUUGUUUUGGUUUCUUGGAAUUUUCCGUCGAUGGCUUCGAGUAGUGGUAACGUUCGGCUGAACACCGCCAGCAAAACGACGAGCGGUUCUCGGAAAAGUGUCCAAAAAGCUAACGAACAAGCUCCCUGGAAAAAUAGUAGGAAAACAUCACGCGACAAUCAAGAAUACACGAAUAAGUUUAACAAAGCGAGUCUGGACAACAGCAUUUCGGCUACAAAUGGAGUCGGCUUUUUAAACGAGUGGAAGUGGAGUGCCUCCGGGACGCUCCGUCAGGAUUCGGACGACAUGUUCUCGACUCACUCCAAGUCAGUGUACAGCAGCAGUCGUACGAACAGUGUCCUCACUUCUCCCAGCCCCCCUCAUCUGCCAAGAGACAGGGAGUCAUGCUCUUCGGGGUCCGACAGGAACUCAAUCAAAUCGCCAAGACGCAAACUCAAGUCGCCAUUCAAUGAUCAGAGCUCAUUACUGCCAUCUAAGCCAUGUGUGACCUCCAGUCGGGGGGUGGUGGAUAUGAACAACAGGUCAACAACAACUACCUCCCACAGAGCCCCACCCUCUACUAAAGAUCUACAGUCUACCCUCACUAAGCCAACACAACCCCGCGCAAGUCAAUCCCAAUCUAGCUACAGGUCACCAAAUGAAGACGACGUGUUCGCGUAUUUACCCACAAGCAAGCUGCCAAAUACUUCCUCCACCUCUAUUUCAACCCCUUCGCACAAUCACCACAAAUCGAAUUCUUCUUACAGGUCAUGGUUUACAAGGUCGCCAAGUUCAACCGAGAGCUCGGAGGAUUCGGGAUUUGUUCGAUGAGCCGACAAGACGACUGUUCAAUUUAGAAAAAAAAUGAAAAACCGAAAACUGAAAUAGCCGAUAAAUUAGAGCAGAAAGUU